GUGAAAAUUGGAAGAGGGUGGGAUUGGGGAGUAUUUUUCUUUUUUGGUUUUGAUUUUUGAAGCGCAUUUAAACCAUUCACAAAUAGAAAUAGUUGGAUUGAUAUUCUACGCCGACUAAUCUGCGACGCAGAGGAACUCAGCCUCCUCUAUAGCUGAGCUGACUCUCAUUUUACAUGUUUGACAAGAAACCUAUUUUUUCAAUUAAAGAAAAGGGAAAUCUUAGCUCGCAGAAAAGUCGUUGAAUUGGUUUUUCCUCGUUUCCGCCAUGAGACGAUGAAUUUGUAUUAACUAUUGAGUUUCUAUAGGAUCUCCUAGGUUUUUGGCAUUCGAUGGAUACGGCGGGAACUCAGAAGCAAUCAUUCGGUCAAACGGAAAUCAAUUGGGACAAGCUUGACAAAACUAAAUUCUACGUUGUUGGAGCUGGGAUUUUUACUGGAAUUACAGUAGCACUCUAUCCAAUAUCAGUUGUGAAAACCAGGCUGCAAGUAGCGUCACAUGAUGCUGUAGAAAAAAAUGCUAUGUCUGUCAUAAAAGGCCUCCUAAAAACAGAUGGAAUUCCUGGCUUAUAUAAAGGUUUUGGCACUGUCGUGACAGGAGCCAUACCUACCAGAAUAUUAUUUCUAACUGCAUUAGAGACAACAAAAGUAGCUGCACUGAAGAUGAUAGAACCUUUCAAACUGUCAGAGCCUACACAGGCAGCUUUAGCAAACGGGGUUGCUGGCAUGAUGGCAUCAUUUUGUUCACAAGCUGUAUUCGUUCCAGUUGAUGUGGUUAGUCAAAGACUGAUGGUGCAAGGAUAUUCAGGCCAUGCAACCUAUACUGGGGGCUUGGAUGUUGUUCGUAAGGUGGUAAAGUCUGAUGGGGUUCGUGGUCUGUAUAGAGGGUUUGGUCUCUCUGUUCUCACGUAUUCUCCAUCCAGUGCUGUCUGGUGGGCAACCUAUGGUGCAAGUCAACGCUUCAUUUGGAGAUUACUGGAUGAUAACAAUGUUGCUCCAACUGAAGGAAAUAUUAUUUUGGUUCAAGCUGCCGGAGGAAUUUCUGCUGGUGCAACAGCAUCGUGUGUAACAACCCCAUUAGACACCAUCAAAACCCGCUUACAGGUGAGUAGGCAUGAAAAAAGACCCACUACAAAGCAAGUGGUCAGAAGUUUGAUUGCUGAGGAUGGAUGGAUUGGCUUAUACAGAGGACUUGGCCCAAGAUUUUUCAGUAUGUCAGCUUGGGGAACCUCAAUGAUUCUGGCAUACGAAUAUUUGAGUGAGUUCCCUUUCUUUUUGUCAUUUUGGUGAUCAGUACUAUGUCCUUUUUAUGUAUUAUCACCAUGGGAAUGCUAGCAAUGAUUUUCAGUUUCUGUCUUGUGUUUGUUCAAUAUUGGCAGUGCUCUCUGCCUUGUUUGGCUGUUGACCAAAUAUAUUGCUGGUCUGCAUGAUAUUUCUUGAAAAUUAGUUUUAGACUUUUAGUGCAUAUAUAGGAGUAUCAAUCAUAUUUUAUCACUCUGGAUAUGCCACUAUUCAUACAAAUUUGCUCGAAUUAUUGCAAUCAAUUGCCACGGGUGUUUUGGAGGGAUGCCAGGUCUAUUAACAUGGAAGAUGUACAGUCUCUUGUAGUCUAAUUGAUGCUUCUAACUUGAUCAUGUCUCAAAAUCAGUAGUAUGUGCUUCCCCAGUGGUGGAUAGUGAAAGUUACUGAUUUAUAUCUCAAAUUCAAUGCUAAGUCUACCUUCUUAAGCCUUUCUAUUUGUUUUGCAUCACAAUUUCAAGGUUGUAAUGACAUAACAAGGGCAACCGUAUGAAAGAAAAUAAAUUAACAAUAUAAAGAGAAAGGUUGCCUAGCUGAAAGUCUUAAUUGGUAACCACAUCCCCACAUUAGGUCCAAUUGCAGUUCGAAUAGAAAGAAUGUUUUUUGCAACUUCUCCUAGUUCUGGACUAUUUUGUUAGUGCGUAGUUUACUUAAUAGUUAUGGCUUUGACAAUACGAAUAUGUUUGAUACCUGUUUCAUUUUUGUGCUGAUUUAUCCUCUCAAAGCAUUUUUUCUAGCUUGAAGUCAUGACUCAAAUGUAUUUUCCAAUAUGCAGAGCGCGUGUGCGCAAAGGAUGAUUAGGCCAUCGACAAAGUUGCAGUUGGGUUCAUUUUUGCUAUAUGUAGCAAAGAUUUCUUUUUGAGCAAUCCAUGCAGAGAUAAACAUUGCUCGGGGCACAUUCGAAUUUUGUUCAUUUUGGUGGUGAACCAGAUAUAACUGAACCUUACACCACUCGAAGCCAAUCGGCAGUAGAACUUACUAAUUUUUUCCAAAUUAUUUGGAAUAUUGAAGCCAUAAUUCUUUUUAGAAUACAAGGAAUUCUUUAGUUGCUAAACUUGAGGGAAUCUUGGAAUGUAAAACUGUAUUCUUGAACACAAAUUGCUCUCAAAUGUCAAUUUAGCUUUUGAGAAUCUGUAUUGCUCUUGCACUCAAUUGUACAAUCAUAUUAUAUAUGUUUAUGUACAUGAAGAAAGAAAUUUACUCAAAAAAAAGAAAGAAA